UUUUUUUUUUUUUCUUUUGAAAUUUUCAUCUCCUUUAUUUGGGGUUUUUGUGACUUGCUGUCUCCUUUGUGGGCAUGAGAAGGGGGGCUCAGAUAACAAAAAACACUUUUAAUCCUCUCUCUGACCCAACUCUGUCACCCAGAGCAGGAGCACCAACACAACAACAGCAGCCCACCUAGGCCAAGUCUGGGUUUUGGAUUUGGUGUUGUUAUUGGGUGAUGGAAUCUGGAGAGUUGAAUGUCAGGGUUUUUUGGGAUCAGCAGCAGCAACAACCGCAGGAGUAUCAGGUCUCAGAGUGGUGGGAGUUGCAGAUUAAGAUCAACAAGCAAUAACAGGAGAAGUGUAGAAAGCAAAGCAAACGGUGAAUAGAAUACUAAAGAGAAAAGCACUGUAACAAAUCAAAAAAGGUUUGGAAUAGGAAAAGCAGAAGAGUAGGAAUCUGGAUUUCCCAAGGAAUCAGCAGCACCCAAGGCCUUUCCAUCAAAGUAUAAACCAAACAGCACCUCUAGAGGCACAGGGGCAAGUUCAAGCCACAUACAACGCCAAUCAACAUUUUCAACUACUUCAGCCCCAACAACAGCAUGGUGAAGCCAUAGACACUCACCAAACACCCCUGCCCAGCAGCAGACAACCUUUGGAGCAAAGCAUUGAAUAUGCUAAGCAUAGAAACAUCAUUGGAAUGAAGAGUGCUGGAGGGGGAGAGAUAGUGCAAGUCCAAGGAGGCCACAUUGUGCGGUCCACAGGGCGGAAAGACCGGCAUAGCAAGGUCUACACUGCAAAAGGUCCUAGGGACCGCAGGGUUCGUUUAUCAGCCCACACAGCCAUUCAAUUCUAUGAUGUGCAGGAUCGGCUGGGCUAUGACAGGCCCAGCAAAGCCGUAGAUUGGCUAAUCAAGAAGGCAAAAUCUUCCAUAGACAAGCUUGCUGAGCUACCACCAUGGCACCCCAUUGCCCAGGACCCCAAUGCCAGUGCUGGGACUAGCGACAUAGGCAUGGCUCAGCAGUCCCAGGAGUCCAAUUAUGUGUUCCCUCCAUUGGGUCGUGGGGGUGGGGUUGGUGAAAACCCAAGCAAUGAUUCUGCCUUCAUUGCACCACCUCUGGACUCUGAUUCCAUUGCUGACACUAUGAAAUCUUUCUUUCCCACUAGUUCAGGGACUUCCUCAAUCAAUUAUCAGAACUACCCGCCUGAUAGCAACCAUCAUAACGAAGAUCUUUGUCUAUCUCUUCAUUCUUUCCAAGACCCAGAUGGGGAGUCCAACCACAAGAACCUUUUUGCUAGUGCAGCACAAGUUGGGUAUGAGACUAAUUUCCAGAGAAUGGUGAGUUGGGGAGGAGGUGGUGGAGAUUCAGAGAGUCGCGGUGGAUUUGGGUUUAUGUUUAACUCACCUCCAAUGCCAAUGCCACAGCCACAGCCACCAACAUUGCUGAGCCAAGGCUCAGAAUUUUCACAGAGGGGACCCCUUCAGUCCAGUUUUGCUCCUGCUGUUCGUGCUUGGAAUGAGCUUCCUAUUGCUUCUGGGGCAAUGCAUCAAUCUUCACUCUCUGAUGGCAGGUUUGUGCCAGAUGGAGUCCCAGGUUUUCGAAUUCCAGCACGAAUUCAGGGUGAGGAGGAGCAUAGCGUGGUCUCAGAUAGGCCAUCCUCUUCCUCCCCCAACUCUCAUCACUGAAUACACUUUUUCAUCCAACAGGAUUUUCUCUAGGCUUUCAUGGUGACCAAUGACCAAAUUCAAUGCGACCAAGAGGAUGAGCUUCAGUCAAUUCAUUGGUCUACCAAGGAAGAAGAUAUCUAGUUGAAUUCAAAAAGAAAAAUUUUGUAUUUAAUUAGAUUUCCUUGCUAGUUUCUUUUGAUGUUUUUCUCUACUUGUUUGCAUUGCUGCCUAAUAUCAGCGUUAAAACUUUGAAACAUGAUGCUUUGGCAAUUGCUCUGUUUUUAUAGUGUAGAAAACUGUCCUUGUGGUUCUUGUUGCAUAUGCACUUUUUAGCAUAAAUCUAGUGGAAAAAUGACAGAUGUGUUGAUCAA